CAUCGAGGUGGUAUGGCCCGUUCCGCCUCCGCAAACAGCUACGGACCUCGAAGGUGUCAGAUACGCAUGCGCAAGACAGCCGGCGGUGGGCUACAAGGCCAGAGUGGUGCAGGGCAGGGCAGCAGAGGUGAGCAGGCUUGGAUUUGGAAAGCCAUGCCUCUCUUUGGGAACACCUUCAGUCCAAAGAAAACUCCCCCUAGGAAAUCAGCCUCUCUCUCCAACCUGCACCCGCUGGACAGAUCGACUCGUGAAAUUGAGCUGGGCCUGGACUAUGGCACUCCCAACAUGAACCUCACUGGACAGAGUCUGAAGUUUGAGAAUGGCCAAUGGAUAGCAGAGUCAGGGAGCAGCAGUGGGGAUCGCAGGGAGACACAGCGCCUGCGCAAGCGGAACCAGCAGUUGGAGGAAGAAAACAAUCUCCUGCGUCUGAAAGUGGAUAUCCUGCUGGACAUGCUCUCUGAGACCACAGCUGAGUCCCAUCUGAUGGAGAAGGAGCUGGAGGACCUGAAGAGUCACAGCCGGAGGAGGAAGUGAACAGCAAGAAACGGGGUUAGGGGACGGGCAAGCAAGGGAAUUUGGUUUGAAUUCUCCAUCACCCAUGCAAGCAGGGCUCCUAAAGCCUGGCUGAGGCAGCUUCAUUGUCUUGGUAGCACUUGGUGAUAUUACAGUCUGCUGGACAGGUAGCCAAGUUCCCAGGCUUGAAAUGUUAAUGGGGCCUCCAGUCAGAAGGAUCUACUAUACUACUCCACAGAGCUGCUGCAAUGCUCUUGAUAAGUCACUGUAGGACAUGUUCUGUAGUGAUGAACAUCUGUUUCUCCCAGACCACUCCUCACUUCUUUUCCUCUAUAGACCUGCCACUCAAGGCACAGAGCCGUUGAUGGAAGCAUAUGUUGAUAAUCUGUUUUCUCAAGGAGUGCUGGGCAAGAGUCCUUUCUAUACUGUGAGCAGAGGAAUAUUUAUGAGUGGAUGGUAGGGAAGAUGUCUUUGUAUAUGUGCAUGGUCUUAGUGUCUCUGGUUUGCAGAUUCUGAAUGGGUCUCCUUGUGAAUAUCUCACAAGCUUCAGAUUGGUCCUUCCCCUGACUCCUGUUCUAAAAAUCAAAUAACAUCCUAAACGAAAAUAGUCUUUCCAUUUUCAGAUAUUUAUUAUUAUUAUUUUUGUACAAACCAUUAACUCUGCUUCCUGCUGUUGGCAGGUGGGUUUCUGGAAUUGUUUGUUCUCCUGAGUGUUUCUUACGUUUGUAUAAAACGAAAACAAAUUAAAAAAAUUGUAUAAAAUUAAAACAAAUCACAUUUGUGAAUCAGUUACAUUCUUGCGAAGGUCGGGAUCAGAUUACAGGCACAUGUGUAUAUACACACGCACAUAUAUAAAAACAGUAGCACCUAUAAGCCCUAACUGAAAGCAGGCCCCAGAGGGCUAGACGCUGCACAGACAUGUAGUGAGAAACAGUCCUUGCCCUGAAGAGCUUACAGUCUGAUUACACAGGAUAGACAAAGGGUAAGAGGGGAAACAGGUGGAGUGAUUCAUUCAAGGUCACACAGCAGGUCAGGGGCAGAUCUGGGAAUAGAAAGCCAGUCUCUUGAGUCCUACGUCAGUGCCCUAUACACUAACUCAACAUUGCCUCCAUCUCACAGAGAUGUAUUCUGCCCUUCCUCCACGGGCCAUGGCACAACUACCGGUCAUUUCCUUCUGCAGCAGAGGAGAUGAGCAAGUGGGGGAGGGCCGGGGUCUAAUUUUCCCUCUGCAUACCCACUUCGCAAGGUGUCAGGGCAAGAGCCUGUUACCUGCAGGGUUAAAUUAGGGACAUAAGCCUUUAGAAGCAGAGGGGCCAGGAAGCAGUGGGCAAUGGAGGAGGCCACCUAGGAGUAGGGUGACCAGAUGUCCUGAUUUUAUAAGGACAGUCCCGAUUUUUGGAUCUUUUUCUUAUAUAGGCUCCUAGGCUAUUACCCCCCACCCCGUCCCGAUUUUUCACACUUGCUGUCUGGUCACCCUACCUAGGAGUUACUGAUAGAUGGAAGAGGUGGAGAGGAAAGGCAAGGCUAGGGGCUGUGCAGCGGGUGUGGGGCAGCAGCGAUGGAGCAUGGGAGAGAGCAGCUAGGCUGGGGCGCAGGCGAGGGCCCCUUGCCCUGAUGGAGUUGCAGAACUGGGCAGCAGAGGCCGCUGGGGGGGAGGUUGACCACUAGAGG